GAUUUGCCACUUCCUCGCAAGAACAGCAGUUGCAGAACGAGCAACAGGAAGAGUCUGAUCCUGACCACCACCUCCCCCACGCUGCCUCGCCCUCACUCCCCUCUCCCCCUCCCCGGACACCUCGGAAGCAGCCCUCUGGACAGCCCUCGAAACUUCUCCCCCAGCAACCCUGCACACUUCUCCUUCGCCUCCUCCAGAAGAGCGGACGGACGGCGGUGGUCUUUAGCAUCUUUGCCUUCUUCUGGAUAUGGCACCAACACUCCCAGCUCAACGUCGUCCAGCUCCUCUCAGGAGAGGCUGCACCAGCUUCCCUUCCAGCCCACCAUGGAUGAGCUGCACUUCUUAUCCAAACACUUUGGCAGCACCGAGAGCAUCACGGACGAUGACGGAGGAAGAUGUUCUCCACACAUGCGCCCGCGCUCUCGCAGUCUCAGCCCAGGACGUUCCUCCUCCUUCUAUGACAACGAGAUAGUCAUGAUGAACCAUGUGUAUAAAGAGCGCUUUCCAAAGGCCACAGCGCAGAUGGAGGGGAAGCUGGGCGACUUCAUCCAGGAGUUCUCUCCUGAAAACGUUCUUCCUCUGGCCGACGGGGUCCUCAGCUUCAUCCACCAUCAGAUAGCCGAGCUGUCCAGAGACUGCCUGGCCAAAUCCCGCGACGGCCUCAUCACCUCCGUCUACUUCUUCGAGCUGCAGGAGAACCUGGACAAGCUUCUACAGGAUGCCUUCGAGCGUUCAGAGAGCACAGAGGUAGCCUUCGUCACAGAGCUGGCGAAGAAGCUUCUCAUCAUCAUCUCCCGACCUGCCAGGCUCCUGGAGUGUCUGGAGUUUAACCCGGAGGAGUUCUACCACCUGCUGGAGGCGGCGGAGGAUCACGCUAAAGAGGGUCAUCUGAUGAAGACAGACAUCCCCCGAUACAUCAUCAGCCAGCUGGGGAUGACCAAAGACCCUAUCGAAGAGAUAAACCUGGACAGUUACGACAGCGAAGGACCGCUGACUCCAGAAACAGACGACUCGACGGAUAGUAAGAUGAGAGCGAUGAAAGCACCAGAGGAGGCCGACUUUCAGACCAUCAAACUGAUCAGUAACGGAGCGUACGGCGCUGUGUACCUGGUGCGUCACCUGGACACCCGGCAGCGCUUUGCCAUGAAGAAGAUCAACAAGCAGAACCUGAUCCUGAGGAACCAGAUCCAGCAGGCCUUCGUGGAGCGAGACAUCCUCACCUUCGCAGAAAACCCCUUCGUGGUGUCCAUGUUCUGCUCCUUCGAGACCAGAAGGCACCUCUGCAUGGUCAUGGAGUACGUGGAAGGUGGAGACUGUGCGACUCUGCUGAAGAACAUCGGAGCGCUUCCUGUAGAAAUGGCUCGGAUGUACUUUGCAGAAACUGUCCUCGCUCUGGAGUAUUUACACAACUACGGGAUCGUCCACCGGGACCUCAAGCCUGACAACCUCCUGAUCACCUCCAUGGGUCACAUCAAGCUCACAGACUUUGGCCUCUCUAAGAUGGGUCUGAUGAGUCUGACCACCAACCUGUACGAAGGACACAUCGAGAAGGACACUCGGGAGUUCCUGGAUAAACAGGUGUGUGGCACUCCGGAGUACAUCGCCCCCGAGGUGAUCCUGCGGCAGGGCUACGGGAAGCCGGUGGACUGGUGGGCGAUGGGCAUCAUCCUGUACGAGUUCCUGGUGGGCUGCGUGCCUUUCUUUGGAGACACUCCGGAGGAACUGUUCGGACAGGUCAUCACAGAUGACAUCGUGUGGCCUGAAGGAGACGAGUCCCUCCCGUUUGACGCUCAGCACCUGAUCUCCUCCCUGCUGCAGACCAACCCUCUGGGCCGGCUGGGAACAGGAGGAGCGUUUGAAGUGAGGCAGCACUCGUUCUUCACCGAGGUGAACUGGAACAGCCUGCUGAGACAGAAAGCAGAGUUCAUCCCUCACCUGGAGUCAGAGGAGGACACCAGUUACUUCGACACCCGAUCUGAGCGCUACCACCACGUUCAGUCGUACGAUGAGGACGACACCAACGACGACGAGCCGGUGGAGAUCCAUCGCUUCUCCUCCUGCUCGCCUCGCUUCAGCAAGGUGUACAGCAGCAUGGAGCACCUGUCUCAGCUGGAGCAGAAACACCCCGGGGUGACGCUCCGAGAACACAAAGUUCCCCGAGAGGACCGAGUGGCCAAGAGAGAGAGUCUGGGCAGCCUGACGCUGCGAGACAAGAGCUGGAGGACCGGCUCCCCGGAGAUGAAGCGUCUGUCCUGCUCCGAGUCGUCCUUCUAUGAGAGCGACUCCAGCCCCCCCUCAGGGGCUCGGAGGCGUUUCUCCGCUCUGAUGGACUCCCACCGCCUGGCCUCGCCUCUGGAGACGGACUCUGAGCUGCCGCCGCCCAGCAGACUCUCUCUGAAGAACAGAGGGGCCUCUCUGGAGGGAGACCUGAGAUCAGUCCUUAAAGACAGCAACGGGCUCACAGCGGCAGUCGAUAAGGUUCUGAGACCUGCUGAUGCUCCGCAGCCUCUCCCAGGCAGUAAUGCUCCUGCUCUGGGUCUCCCGGACCUUCAGGGGCCUCGAGGGGCCGCCACUGACCUGGUGCUGAGGAGGGUCCGACACCACCAGCUCUCUGAGGGAGAGAAAAACAGCUCACGACCGGGAGCUAAAGUCAUCAAAUCUGCUUCUGCUACGGCUCUGUCCGUCAUCAUUCCUGCAGUGGAGCAGCACGUCCCCUCCCCCUUAGCGAGCCCCAUGUCUCCUCGCUCCCUCUCCUCAAACCCCUCCUCCCGAGACUCCUCCCCCAGCAGAGAUUACUCCCCCAUGGUGAACGUGCAGCACUCCCCCAUCAUCAUCCACCGGGCGGGGAAGAAGUACGGCUUCACCCUGAGAGCCAUCAGAGUUUACAUGGGAGACAGCGACGUGUUCAGCGUGCAUCACAUGGUCUGGCAUGUUGAAGACGGAGGUCCGGCUCAGGAAGCUGGACUCAGCGCCGGUGAUCUGAUCACUCAUGUGAACGGAGAGUCAGUCCACGGUCUGGUCCACACGGAGGUGGUGGAGCUCAUCCUGAAGAGUGGAAGCAAGGUGACGGUAACAACGACUCCAUUCGAGAACACCUCCAUCAAAGUGGGUCCUGCUCGCAAGUCCAGCUAUAAAUCCAAGAUGGCGCGGCGAAGCAAGAGGACGGGAGCCAAGGAGGGGCAAGAGAAGAAGCGCAGCUCUCUGUUCAGGAAGAUCACCAAACAGUCGAACCUGCUCCACACCAGCCGCAGCCUCUCCUCUCUGAACCGCUCUCUGUCCUCUGGAGACAGUCUGCCCGGCUCCCCGACCCACAGCCUCUCCGCCCGGUCCCCCACCCAGAGUUACCGCUCCAACCUCACCGAACCCCCCUACCUGGGCACCUCCUCUCAGAGCAGCUCUCCGGCCUCCAGCACCCCCAACUCCCCCGCCUCCGCCUCCGCCGCCUCCUCCUCCUCCCACCACAUGAGACCCAGCUCGCUGCACGGCCUCUCCCCUAAACUGCACCGCCAGUACCGCUCCGCUCGCUGUAAAUCAGCCGGAAACAUCCCUCUCUCCCCCCUGGCUCACACGCCCUCCCCCACUACCUCCUCUCCUCCCCCUCUCUCUGGUCACACGGUGGGAAGCUCCAACACAACGCAGACUUUUCCCGCAAAACUUCACUCCUCUCCUCCCGUUUCUCGCCCUCGACCGAAAAGCGCCGAGCCGCCGCGAUCCCCUCUCCUGCAGCGGGUGCAAUCGGUGGAAAAACUCGGGGCAAAUCUACCUUCCUCCUCCUCAUCGUCAUCCUCGCCUUCCCCUCUUACAGGCGGGGUUUCGUUGCGUAAACACAGCCUGGAGGUGGCGCACGGCGACUACAGAAGAGACUCUUUUCACUGCGAACACAGCCUGCAGAGUCUGCUAGAAAUGGAGGGAGAGAACGGACCAGCUCCACCUUCACCUUCAUCGUCUUCCUCACCUUCUCCUCCCAUGGAGAUCGGAGGGCCGAAGCCCAUCAGGAGGAUGGGGAGGCAGGAGUCUCCGCUGAGUCGGGACACUCUCAUCCCGUCGAGAGACACUAGGGAGAGUGUUGUGAGUAAAAUAUCAAACGCUGAGGUGUUGAAGAAAAGUGACGCAGCGGAAAAGUCAAAUCUAGCUGCGGAGGAGAAGCAGAACCCGGGGGAGAAGGCUCCAAAAAGUGCUGAGUCGGCGGACUCUAAGGGUAGGGAUGAGAAAAAUGCAACUUCAAAGGGUGUGCAACAACAAGACAGUAAGCAGCAGACAGACAGUGGAGCUGUGGCUAAAGCUCAGGAGGAGAAAGGGAACGUUCAGAAAGCUGCCGAGCAACCGAAGCUACCAAAAGGCUCAGAAAGCGGCGAAAAAGCUGCGGAAACGGUCAAAACUAAAGCACCCGCUCCACCGAUUCCCACCCAGGCUCCUCUCAGAUCUAAAGUGUCCAACAGCUACCGGGGGGGCAAGGAGGAGAGGGCGCACCUGGAGGUCCUGGAGGAGAAUCCCACCUCCCCCUCCUCCCCCUCUUCUAACAAACCCCGCCCCAUGUCUCCCGGCGAGAAAGCCAGUUUCGUCACUCAGCUCACCACCGUGGCCAAAACCGUGCUGAAGGGGGGGGCGCAGGAGGGGGUGAGAGCGAAAGAUAACGUGAUGAAGACGAGCGAGGAGAAGAAGGGGAACGUGGGGAAGGCAGAGGGGGCGUCUGCGGGGGGGCGAAGGGGGGGGCAGGCGUCUGUGAACAUGGCCGACAGAGGAAACAUUCGCAGCUCCAAACAUCACUCGUGAUAAAAGGAGACGCCCAUAUAUGGAGGUAGAUCUGAGCAAUGGGGUUUGUGUGCGCAGAGAGACAACUUGCUAACUCACGAACAGAUCUGCAUAUUAACAAAUGACAAACAACAAGGUAUCGUUUAAUUUUGACUACACUGUAAAUAAAAUCCAUUAAAAGU